AUGGCAAGCACCCUCGCGGGUCGUCAAUCCUUUAUCCAGUCCUCCAUUCAGGUGGCUAGAGAAUAUGGCUUUGUUGGGCUGGACCUUGAUUGGGAAUAUCCAAAAACUACACUAGACAUGGAAAACCUCGCGUUGCUCUUUCGAGAGUGGCGUGCAGCUAUCAUUUCUGAGUCUGCUAAUAAAAAUGGACUAUUUCUAAGUGCAGCGGUUUUUUUUAAACCCAGCUUUGUCAAAGACCAUAGUGAAAUAGUUUACCGUAUCGAAGCCAUAAGAGAUUGUGUUGAUUUUGUUGGUCUGAGGUGCUAUGAUUAUCACUCAAGCCGGGACACUGCAGUCACUGCUGCACAUGCUUGUCUCUAUGAAACAAGUGAAAACAGCUCUAGCUUUGGCAUUAAGUCCUGGAUCAAAGCUGGGCUUCACCCAAGUAAAUUAGUCAAGGGGCUACCACUUUAUGGAAGAACUUGGACAUUGCAAGAUCCAAAUCAACAUGCUGUUGGAGAUCCUGCAAAUGAGGAUGUUAUGGCGCCCUAUCAUGACAUAGUGAACUGCAACUUACAACCAGUUAAUGAUGAGGUCACUGUAUCGGAGUACUCAUAUUCUGGAACCUUUUGGGUUGGGUACGAUGGACUGACAUCGAUUCGGAAGAAGAUUGAGUUUGCCAACGCUAAAACACUUGGUGGGUAUUUCUUAUGGGCGCUUAUGUUUGACUGUGACAAGAAGCUUUUUGAAGCAGGAAUGUUUGGUUAG